AUGCGUCCAAGUCUGACGACAGUUUUUCUAGCGCUGCUAGAUGAGAUCGCGCCUCACAUUCUCCGGCUGUGGAAGACAUGUCAGACCGACAGGAACAUGGUCCACAUUCUGCGGCAAAAGCAUAUCGACACAGAACAUUAUGGUAUUGGGCUCACCAAGUUGAGAGAAAUUCGGGAGGGCAUGGGCCUCCGACGGACACGCCAGCAAGGUCAUACCAUAGAGUCUAUCCGUGAUGCUAUGAUCGAUCUCCGUCAGAUGUAUCUGAAAGCUGGAAUCCGCGAGGUGAUCAGUCUCCUGUUCCAUGAAAGGGAUAUGAGUGUUGCAAGGAGUGUAGUAUCCUCGUAUUUCGCUGUCUAUGAGCCUGAACUCGUACGUGAACGUAAAUCCAGGUGCCUCAAGAGGAGGCGCUUCUGGGCAGCAGGCGUGAAUGAUCUAUUCGCAGUAGACCAACAUGACAAAUGGUUGAGGUUUGGUCUUGGUCUCCAUACCGGGAUCGAACCAUUUUCUGGGCGAAUUAUGUGGAUUUGCGUAUGGCAUUCUAACCGAAAUCCGCAGCUCAUUUUAUCCUACUACCUCAAUACAAUCGAGGAACUUGGUUAUAUGCUGUUGAUCACACAGAGUGAUCUAGGCACUGAAAACUUCAGGAUUGCCAAUGCUCAAACUCUCCUUCGUCAGUGCUAUGAUCCCGACCUUCGAGGAAUGCUGCAGCACCGCUGGAUGCGUUCCAAAAAAAAUGUCAUGCCCGAAAUUACCUGGUCCCAGUUACGACGAUGUUUCACACCGGCCUUUGAGACACUUCUUGAUCACGGUGUCAACGAGGGUUGGUAUGACGUCAGAAACACUCUUCAAAAUAUGGUAUUUUGCUGGGUAUUUAUCCCUUGGCUUCAGCAAGAAUUAGAUGUGUACAUUCAACAUCAGUGGCAUCAUCUGACCUUCUAUCAGAUACUCCCACACGGUGUCCCAAGCCUCAUUUACGACUCCCCCAAAGACUUCAAUGCUUUAGAUUUCAAGGUUACCAUAGACCGUGAUGGCGUGGAUCAUGUCCGUGAACUUUACAUCAAUUCUGCUCAUCCCGUGUUCGACAUCGUGCCACCCACACUUGGGGACUUUAUUCAGCACUGUUAUGAUGAAAUGGGUUGCCCUGAAGUCACACGCACGAAUGUUUGGAUAGUUUAUAGGAACUUACUCUCCAUCCUGCAACUUGCGGAUAACGUACCACCCACUUUAUUACCAAACGAGGCUGAGGAAGAUAGUGUAUUGCCUUUACUUGAGGGCUGCUCCGAUUUACCAUUCUGUGAGGAGCCAAAUGGCCCUUACUAUAUGGGCGGAGUGGGUGGUGGGUUAGGCUUAGGUAUGGGGUAUAAUUCUGUUCAAUUUGGCUACCCACUGAUGUCCGUGAAGAUACUGCCCAUCACAGUGAGCUGGACACUCUAG